AUGAGCAGGCAGACGUUGAACCAGGUGCUGAGGUCGUGCCAGGCGAUCCUGCCCAAGAGCGAGAGCUACAAGACUCUGCUAGACAGCUCGGCGAACAAGCGAGGGCUGUCGAGAAAGCUGGACCUGCUGCUGCGGGAGGGGGUCCACGAUAUGAAGGUGUUCGGGCUGGGUUUCCUGAGGAGCAUCGCGAGCAAGGAUGAGUACGUUCACUUCACCUCCUGCUCCUUCCACUUCUACCGGGAGAUGGAGCGAGAGCUCGACAGGAAGGCGGAGGAAGGGGCAGUCGUCGGCAGGCUGUGGAGAAAGUUCCCUGAGCUGCGCAGGGCGGAGAGGCUGAGGGAGGAUCUGCGAAACGUGGGUGCAAGCUCGGAUCCUACUCUUGUUCCGAUGAGCCCUGCCACGACAGCAUACUGCGCAUCGAUCCGCAGGGCGGGGGAGGAAGAGCAGGGAGUGAGGAUAAUCGCGCAUAUGUACGUGAGGUACUUCGCGGAUCUUUUCGGAGGAAGGGCGCUAGGGGCGCCGACCAAGUACGCGGUGCAAGAGCUGAAGCAGAGCCCUCCUCUCUUCUACCAGUGGGAUCGUACGGUGGAGCAGGACAGGAGGGCAUACAUCGAGCGGCUCUAUGUAGCCAUCAACGAGGCGGCGGAGGAGGUGGCGAGCGAGGAGGUGGAGAAGAGGAUUGUGGAGGAGGCGAGGAGCGCGUUCCAGCACAACGCCAACAUAUACACAGAGGAGGAGGGGCUGUACGGGAAAGCAGCGCAAGGUGCUUACAAGCUGGUGACGGGAUACGCCAUGGCUAAGGGCCGACAGCUGAUGAGAUGA